CCCUUGCUGAUUGGCCAAUGCUCGCGAGCUGCCAUAACGCCGAUUCAAGAUGGCGGCCCCCAGUCCUGACAUACUGUUACCAGCCCGUAGCAGCUCGCCGGAGCCGGCUCUGUCCCCCGCUGCCCCGGAGGACGGCGGCGGCCAUGGCAGGGUGUGCUCGCUGUGCCUCUCCCGGCCUGGGAUAUACACGUGCCCGCGCUGUAACGGCCCUUACUGCAGCCUGCCCUGUUAUCGGGGGCCCAGACACACGGCCUGCUCUGAGGACUUCUACCGGGAGGCCGUGCUCAGAGUGCUGCGGGAGGAGGUGGCCGGGCCCGGCGGGAGACGGGAAAUGGAGGACAUCCUGCUCAGAAUGAAACGGGAGGAAGAAGCAGGGCGCCAUUACCGGGGUCUGGCGGAGGGUGAGGAGGAGGAUGGCAUAGGAGGCACUCACAGUGAGGGAGAGGCUGGUAUGGGGAGCACUCACACUCCCAGUGAGGGAGAGGCUGGCAUGGGGAGCACUCACAGUGAAGGAGAGGCUGGCAUGGGGAGCACUCACACUCCCAGCGAAGGAGAGGCUGGCAUAGGAGGCCCUCACACUCCCAGUGAAGGAGAGGCUGGCCUAAUGAGUACUCACACUCCCAGUGAGGUGGAGACAGCCAUGUGGAAUAGUCUUUCUGACAAGGAGAAAGAGGACUUCAAAAGACUUUUAAAGAGUGGAGACAUUGGAGCCUUGGUUCCCGAAUGGAUACCAUGGUGGGUGGCCGAGAAAGGGACCUCAGAAAUUAAAAACACAAAGAUUGUGGAGCUUCCAAAUGCAGUGAGUUCUGGUGAUAGAAUAGAUGGAGAUCAUGAAGUUGACUUAAUGAACCACUUGCAAGAAGAAAAUAACUCCAAGUCAGUAACAUCAGAUAGCUUAAUUAAUUCAAGUGCUGAAGAAAUAAAUGAGAUUGUAUCAAUAUCAAAAGGAGAAAUGUCUACAUUUGCAACAAGUCACUUAGUGAACAGUGUAGAUCACCAAGAGCGUGAGGAACAAAGGGGGAUUCUUCCUGAUACUAUUAAUAUCCACCAGUACAAAAGCUGUUUAAAAAACAACCUGCAGGAUGUUAAGGAAGAGUGUACUGGAAAUGUUAAGCAGCUUGUACUAAGAAAGCCUAGAGUAAAAAUAAAGGAGGAUGCACCUGAAGAAGUUGCCAACCAGCCUAAAUGCUCUGGUAUUCCGCUCCCAUUUAUAUCUAUACCACCCUUGUCUUCACUCAGCCGUAACCCUUCCCAGUUGGUCCAGUUCAGUGUUGUGAAUGCUCUUUAUGGUUAUGCCUUUUCUCUCCUGCGGCAUAAUGGUGAUUUGACUGAUGAAGACAUACUCUUGGAUUUCACUGAGACAUUGCUAGGUGUUUCUGCUACACUCAGCUCCACUGUGGUCUACAAUUCCACAGCCGAUGCUCUGCAGAGUGCUGUGCGUGUUGCAUCAGAUCAAUUGUUAAGUGGAGACCAGGUAGGAGCCUGCUCUGCUAUGGAAGCUACAUCAAAAAUCCUUCAAGGAGAUGGCAGCAAGACCUUUCCACUAGCUGCCUUGGCCCAUAUGUCGCGUGUUCUGGGAAAGGCUCGAAAACUAGUGUCCCAGGACAAGCAUUUGCGACAAGUAAUUUUCAACGCCAAGAAAAAGUGUUUGUUUCUGGCUGCAUGGGCGAAUGAAAAUGAGGACUGUCUUCCAAUGCUAUCGGAAGCUGUCAAAAUAGAGCAUCAACAACACCUUCAGUAUGUCAAUGGGUUGACUGAGAUAUCAAGGGGAAUUGAAAAAGUGUGGGGUGGAAAAAGACCUCCUGAGAAAAAGUCACUGAUAGAAGAGGUUGGCUCAGAGACAACGUGACUUAUAUUAACAAACACACCUAUUUUUUUAUUUUUUUUUUCUAUGAAAGUUAUUUUUAUUUACUGUAAUAAAGAUAUGUUCAGACUGCAAUUUACUGAACAAUAUUCCUGGUGAUUAAGAGAACAGUUAAAAGUGCUUCACUCUUGUAUUUUUUUCCAUAAACUCUGAAUUUAUAGAAUUGGUAUUCAGUCCUUUCAGCUACAUCGUUUAUGGGCUUCAACUUAGAGCAGUCAAAGGACCACUAUAGGCACCCAGACCACUUCAGCUCAAUGAAGUGGUCUGGAUGCCAGGUCCCCCUAGUUUUAAACCUGCAGCUGAAAACAUAGAAGUUUCAGAGAGACUAUGUUUACACUGCAGGGUUAAUCCAGCCUCUAGUGGCUGUCUCCCUGACAGCCAUUAGAGGCCGCUUCCGCUAUUUGCACUGAGUAAAUCGCACUUAUCUGAUGCUGGACGUCCUCACGGAGUCCAGCAUCAAAUAAGAUCCCCAUAGGAAAGCAUUGAGUAAUGCCCAAGGGAGGGGGCUCUUAAGAGCCUAUAGUGCCAGGAAAAGGUUUUUUUUCCUGGCACUAUAAAUCUGCUCAAUGGAAUUUUGAGCAAGUAGACAACUUGGUCCAUGACAUGUCAGCUAUAAAACCCUCAUGAAAAGCAUAAGGCUUUUUAUUUUUUUACAGCAGCAUGUAAAAACAUUUAAAGAACAGUUAAAAACUCUAGAGAUCCUGGUCAAAUCAUUCUAAUGCAGGCAACCUUUGUAGGUCUGCACCAUACUUAAUGGUAUGAACUUAAUUGUACUGUGACACUGCCACUAAAGUUGAUUUUCCAAAUACACAAUGACUCCUCCAACUGUCAUUCAUAUAUUCAACUUUUAGAGUCAGACAUUUGUAUGAGGGAAUUAUGCAUGUCAUCACAAAGGGCAUAAAUGAAGCAGUCAAAACUGAUGCCCCUGAUUGUAAGCUUUGUGAACUGUAGCUAUUCCAUUGGUGACAUACACUGACACAGUGUAGACUACUAGGUUUUAUUAGCGGUAGCGACUUGGUUAUUUAGAGUCCAUUAAUUUGUCCAAAUAUGUCAUAUUGUGUGUACUUUUUAAGGAAAGGGUGAAGGCCAGGAGUUGAAUGUAUGCAUUGUUUUGGGAUUGUAGGGCGACAGAGAUUAUGUAUGUUUAUAUGCACAGUCUAUCUGUGGAGCUAUAAACAAGUUGCCAGUGUGGUGUUUUUACAUCACUUGCCUUAAUAUAGCCUGCCUCACUCUACAAUUACAUUGCAUACUGCGAGGACAGGGCACCUCUAAAAGAGAAUAGACAUGGCCCCUCCCAUCAUCCUUUGCCAUGCUACAAUCUGCAUAUGUAGUAUGGGAUGAUACAGGGCAGGGUAGCUAUAAAGACAAAGGUGUGGAGACUCAGGGGUUCAGGGAAAUAAAGUAAAAUAGAAGAAAGGGAGAGAUACAUACCGUACUAUCCUAUGGGAACAUUAUAAAAUAACCAAUCAUAGAGAAGUGCAUGUUGUAUCUUAAAAAAUAUCCACAUGCAUAUUAAUAAAAACAUUUUAUUGUAUUCCCUCAAAUUGUUCAAGCCAUUGUUUUAUACAAAGUGUAAACAAAUUAAUGUUUGUUUAG